UUGGAUAGUAUUUAGUCACAUCUCAGCCUCGAUGGGGACACCAGGUCUCCUGACUACAUUUAUAUAAUUAAAAUCCAAGUGAUAUAAAAUAUAAUACAAUGUUAAAGAACAUAUUUUUCAUAGUAACGAUCUCGUUAUUUGCAAGUACUUUUGCCUCGUUUUGUCAUUGGAAUAGCGGUUGUCCUUACAAAUAUUUCGCUUCAAAAACAUCAUAUAAUGCUAUACGAGGUGAUAUAAGGGAUUCCUUAGUUGUAUUAAAGGGAUGUGAACCGGUGAGUAUUUGGGGUUUAUUCCGUCAUGGAAAGAGAUAUCCAUCGACUCGCUUUGGUAAAAGUAUGAACGAAGCUUUAGCCAUAAGGGAGGACAUACUGACAAGUUAUGCAAAAGGACAUAGUUCACUUUGUGCCCAGGAUAUAGAAGAUUUAGAUGCAUGGGUGGCAGACAAGAAAAUGUUCGACUCAGCCACGGAACUUACUCCAGAAGGUCAUGAAGAAAUGUAUGGAAUAGGAAAAAGGAUAAGACACACUUUCAACAAUGUACUGGAGAAAUUGGAUAAAUAUACUUUCCGUCCAGCGUAUGGUAAAUGGAUAGAAGAUAGUGCGAAAUCUUUUUUGAAAGGAUUUAACAAUGAUAAACUACACGUCGAGAAAGCGCUCCCGGAAUCUGAUGUUAUGGCUCCAUAUUUAACUUGCGGAAAAUAUCAAAAAGAUGUACAGAAGAAUCCUAACAUAUACGCGGAAUCAGAAAAGUAUAAGAAGACCUCAGAAUAUUUGGCUACCAAAGAUAGAAUACAACGAAGAACUGGAAUCGAUUACGAGCUAACUGACACAAAUGUGACCGCACUAUACGAUUUGUGUCGUCACACUUGGUCCGGUGUGGAGAGUAAACUUAGUCCCUGGUGCGCGCUUUUCACCAAAGAUGACUUGCAGGUCUUAGAGUACAUACAGGAUUUGAGAUCUUACUAUAGAAAUGGUUACGGUACUGAACAAAGUGAAAUAUUCGGUCAAAUUCCUCUAGCUGAUUUAUUAAGAAGCUUCCAGAAAGUGAAAGAAGGGGAUGGAAAGAAGAUGACAGCAUAUUUUACUCACGCGACAAUGCUGGAUAUGGUGUACACAUCGCUCGGUUUGUUUAAAGAUAACAAGCCCUUGAGUAGUACAAACAGGGAUCGUGAUCGAAAAUGGCGGAGCAGUGCAAAUUCGGCGUUUUCAGUAAAUCUUGUAGCUGUAUUAAACAGAUGUACAAAGGAAGAUGAAAUUGACUACAACGUCGUUUUCUAUUUGAACGAAGAACCCAUCCGAGCUAUUUGCGCCGACGGUACUUGUACGUGGAAGGAGUUUGAAGAAAAACUAAUACCAUUUUUGAAUACAAAAAUUGACUUCUGUGAAUUCAAAUCUGAACCUUAUUAAUUAAGUUUAAAGAUUAUAAUAGCUUUUUAAGCUUUCAAGAAAUAAAAGAUUUCAAUACAAA